AUGCUGGCGCUGACCACGAUAUGGGUUCCACGGUUUUCUCUUUUGAGAAUUCCAGAUUAUACGCUAGCUUAUGAAUCCUACCGAUGUAUUUCAAAGGGUUUUAUGCGGUCUCGAAAGGCUCAAAAAUUUAAUGAUAAUAGAGAUGCAGCUGAGGUACUUGAAAACUCACUAGUUGGAGAAUGUAUAGAGAAACCGGUGAGUGCAUUGAAGAAAGCGAGGCUUGUUGAAGGGCAUAAACAUAAAUUUUCUGUGCUUUUCAAGAAGUAUUCUGAGUAUGUUCAAAGUAGUAUUUUUUUAAAUGACUGA